ACCAGUUCAGACGCGUCUGGACGCGUUGUUACCCGCUUAAUCUAUGAAUGAUCGGCGUCGUCGAGUUGUAAUUUAUUGAAUACUUCUCUCUUAGAAUUAGCAGUUGGCCUUUCAUUUUGACUUUGAAACGGCUGUUGAGUGUGACGUGCAAAAAUGUCGAUCGGUGUACCCAUAAAAGUGCUUCAUGAAGCCGAAGGUCACAUCAUAACCUGCGAGACGAAUACCGGUGAGGUUUACCGCGGUAAGCUGAUAGAAGCCGAGGACAACAUGAACUGUCAGAUGCAAAACAUUACGGUAACCUAUCGGGACGGUAGGGUCGCUCAACUGGAAAAUGUCUACAUCAGAGGAUCCAAAAUUCGAUUUCUGAUACUGCCGGACAUGCUGAAGAACGCACCAAUGUUUAAGAGACCGGGCGGGAAGGGUUCGGGCACAGCGGGCAGAGGGAAGUCUGCCAUACUACGAGCUCAAGCACGAGGCCGAGGACGAGGUCAGAAUCAAAGAGGACGAGGUACAGGGUCGGCACCUUGGCUCAACCAACAAAAUCAACCAGGAGGUUCGCAAUCGAACAGGGGAAGAGGAUAGCCUUUGCCAAAUUAAAAUCAACUUAUCCACCAUCUUUGAACAUUUUCUAAGGUUUUUUUUUUUUUCAAUUCCUUAUGAUAAAUGACCAUGUGCGAAUGGAUGGAUCUUUAUCACCGCAUGGGUCACGGUAAUAAGUAUUUUCGAAUAAAACCAACAAUGAAAUUUUAUAUAGUAACAAGAAGUAAAGUUUAAUCAUAUAGUAUUAAAGUGACAAGAAAUGUAAAUUUCAUCUUUGCUACGGACCAUAGAAUAUUAAACUAUAAUUGACGAUAAUCCUCUUACAACCUAUAUUUAGAAUCGAUUGAAGAGAACAUAAAAAUCAAGUAGGUAUCAUAGA